AUGGGUCGUACAGGAGAACUAGAACCUCGCCGCUCUGUGCGCGCGACCAAGGGCCAACAUACCAAAGCCUUCGACGACCAACCCAUCGAACCGCCCAAGAAACGAGGGAGGAAGAAGAAACAGGAGGAGGAACCAGAGGAAGAGAUUAUCCGUUGUGUCUGCGGUGCAACGGAGCAAGACGGCGACUCGGAGGAGCCUUGGAUCGCUUGCGACAAGUGCACCGCAUGGCAGCACAAUGUCUGCAUGGGUAUGAGUGUCUUCACUGAAGACCUCCCUAAGAAUUAUUACUGCGAACAAUGUGCUCCUCAAGAUCAUAAGGAGCUCUUGUCCCUAAUGGGACAGGGUGAGCGCCCGUGGGAGUCACGACGGAAGGCCUACGAGGACGAACAGAACGAGAAGAAAAAGAAGAAAAAGAAGGGCGGCAGAGCCGGAAAGCGCGCCAGCGACCCCAAAGAAGAUUUGUCGCAAGACACGAGGAGCAACAAGGCCGAGGAUUCGCCCGCUCCCUCGGAACCCGCCAAGGAAAAGAAGGAUAAGAAGGAUGGUGCAUCCAAGGUUGCUACUGGCAAGCGCAAGGUGCGAGAAGAGACGGGUGAAAAGGAAGCAAAGACGCCUGCGCCGAAGCAGCGCAAAGUCUCGGAGCCAGAGGCAGCCCCCGCCGUCAACUAUACUGCACCAGCCGACUUAGACGCGAAGGUCACGGAUCUCCACGAAGAUCGCAAGGGUCCUGCUCAACUGCUACAAAAGGCCAUUGCCGGCAUCCUCUCCGCGAGUGUCAAGGAUAAGACCAUUAGCCUACCGAAAGAUACUACGGUUGCAGGUAAAGCGGAACGCAUGGCACUUGAGAUUGAACGCGCAGUUCAUGAUGCGCACCCGGAUCGGAGCCAGUACGCGAUGCAGGCACGAAGCUUGUAUGCGAAUAUGAAGUUGAACGGCGACUUGACCAAACGCCUGCUAAAGCGCACUCUGUCGCCAACAAUGUUAGCCAUAAUGUCUGCCGACGAGCUGGCUACGAAGGAGAGGCAGGAGGCCAACGCUCAGCUGAAGGCUAUCUCUGAGAAGCAGUCGAUCCUUAUUACCGAAGAUGGUCCCCGUAUGAGGAAAACGCACAAGGGCGAGGAGAUUGUUGAGAAUGACUCCUUCCAUCAAAACGACGAGGGAAGGUCUUUCAUUAGACGGCCAAGCGGUCGGGAGGGACAGUCCGGCAUCAAAUCUGAUGGAGAAUCGCAUUACGAGAACUCCGUGGAGCUUCCUGCCCACACUGGUCUUCUUAUCGAUACCCGUGGAGCCCGGCACUCCCCCAAGCAUCCCGACUUUGAUAUCAACAUGGUCUAUGCGACUGUCAAGUCUCCAACGGGCACACAUAACCGCCGGCCAUCGGCGCCAAUUCAUGGACCUGGUGUCGACGCCGACGUGGAUAGACUUCUUCAGGAAGAGACAGACUCGCCGCCUUAUUCGCCAACGGACGAGACAGAUCCUGAGGUUGUUUGGCGUGGCCACUUGGUGAUGAGCUCGAUUGCUGACUUCCCGGCCACCGCCAGGUUCGUUGGUGGUGCCAACCUCUUCAACACGAUAGGGUUGCCUUGGACGAAUCUCAUCCCCAAGAAGCUCACCGUGGCCGGACGAAUCGACGAACAAAAGGCCAUAGAGUAUCUUUGUGGCCUGCGUUACGCUGACCAGACUGAUAUCGUUGUCGUGGCUAUAACGCCGGCCUCCGAAGUCUCAAGACGGGAGUUCCAAGCCCUCAUUGAUUACUUUGUCUCCAAAAAGCGGUAUGCUGUCGUCGGGGACAAGGGUGUAGGCAAUGUGAGGGACACCUAUCUGGUGCCUGUCCUGCCUGGAGACGGCAACAUGCCAGAGUUCAUGCUCAACUUUUCAGAUAACCUUGUGCCUCAAAAGAGGACGGAGCCGAUGCUAUUGGCCGUCUUCGUAUACCGCAAUACUCCCCGACAGCCUCAACUGAGUGGUGCAGCUGCUCAGUCGCCCGUCACCAAUGCGCCAACUCCCACACAGAGUGGCUUCCCCCCAAGACACCCCUCGAUAUCUGGCCCGGCAUUCUCUCCAACGGUGGCUCAGGGUCCCUUCCAACAGCCAGGCCAAUAUUCUGGCGGUAACAACGGUCACGCUGUGAAGGAGCACCCAACACAAGGAGCGCACCAGGUUGUGCCGCCGAAUCAGCCCCCUGCAAGCUACGCGGCCGCUCGUGGCUCCGAGGCCGAAAAGCAACAACGCCAACAACAGGGCCACGCAUUGGCUCAGGAGGUUCUCGGUCCUUUGAUCAGCAGUCCUACGAUGAAGUUUCUGUUGCCUCAAGCCUUCCAGAUGUCGCGAACAGAGUGGGAGGUCAUUCGCGGCAUAUUGGAGAGAGAUCCACGCGCACGGGAUGACCUGAACUAUCUGAGUCAACUUUUGGAGAAGCAGCCACCAGCUGCUAAAGGUGGUGAUGUUCCUCCCGCGGCGCCUCAAGGCGCCCAAGGGGUUGCGCCGUCGGCAUAA